UGUGAGAAGAAGCCCAACCUCACGGCCUUCCCUCCUCAGCUGAUGGUGGAGCAGUUGACCAUGAUGGAUGCGGAGCUCUUCCAGAAGGUGGUGCCCUCUCAGUGCCUGGGCUUCACCUGGGGCAAGAGGAACAAGCCCGGCAAUGAGCACCUGACACCCACUGUCCAGGCCACCGUCGACCACUUCAGAAGGGUGGCCAGCCUCGUCAUCAUCACCUGCCUCGGGAACGCGAGCAUGAUGACCCAGGACAGGGCGAGGGAGUGCGUGAUCCGGAAGAACUUCUCAACCCGCACUGUCAUCUCUGUUCUGCAGAAAACCUCCACAAACCACUUGAAGAACACAUGGGAGGAAGUUUCCCUGGACAGCUCUGAAAAACUGAAGGAGCUCUAUAGCCAAGACGAGUCCUUGAGAAGAUAACUGAUGACCAAGGUUAACAAGCAGAAGGAUCUGUUAGGCCCCUUGGCCGGUGGGGUGCGAUUUUUGGGCAGGAGGCCCUGGUCAUGGGACACAGUGGUGUUGGCUGGGCUGUUCCAGGAGGAGUUGCUGAGCUGGUGCCAUCAGCAGGUCUCUGGCUUCUAUGCAUGUCCAUCCUGCUGGAAGUAGCGCCUUCCAGGAUGUUGGGUUGUUGAGGUGGGUUUAGCCCUCAACCUAAACCUGUCCUCAGCAAGCCAGGCCCCUGCUGCUCCUUCUCUCUUCACCACAUCUCCAAAGGAAGGGAACCCU